AUGAUUUAUUCGGAUAUWUUAAUCUCAAUAAUUUUAUUUUAUAUUGUCUAUAAAGUGGCAAAGUUUUAUCAAAGAUAUUAUAGUUUACCUCCCGGUCCAUUUCCAAUACCUAUAUUAGGCAAUAUAUUGUCAUUUAAAUCAAAACUUCAUUGGAUUGAAGUUUACCGUCAAUUGUCUCAAAAGUAUGGAUCGGUGUUUACAUUACAUAUGUAUAACACACCUAUAGUUGUCAUCACUGACGCCGACAUCGCUAGAGAAGCGUUUAAUAAAAAUGAAUUUUCUGGAAGACCUGAAAGUUAUUUCGGCAGUUUAUUUAAGACAGACAAAUAUACUGACAUUGGAUUUGCCGAUUACGGCCAAACAUGGGAAGCACUGAGACGUGUCAGUCACGCGGCCGUACAAAAAUACUCAACUAAUGAUCAUCUAUUGGAUGUAAUCGUCGAUUCAGUGGACAAUACAUUAAAAACUAUGUUAGAAAAGGAAGGACCGGAUAAACCUAUUAAACCAUUUGAUUACAUAUAUCUCAUGUUUCUUAACAUUCUGGCCAACAGUACUUUUGGUGAAAAUUAUUCAAUCACUGAUUCUGAGUUUAAUUAUUUUAAAUAUGUUUUACUGGACUUUGAUAAAGAAAUUGAAUACCGAUGGGUGUUAUGGGAGUUCUCACCACUCAUACGAUUGUUUGACUAUAAGUUGGUCGACAAACAUAGGAAACUGUUUGACGACUUACGGCUACUAAUGAUUAAUAAGUUUAGACAACACUAUAUUGAUUACGAACCCAGUAUUGAAAGAGACAUUUGCGAUGCACUCAUUACUGCCAAAAAUGAUGCGCUCCGGGAGGCAAAAGAGUCGGCACCUCAUCUAACGGAUGACAAUCUAGUUAUGACUCUCAUAGAUCUGUUUUAUGCGGGCACUGAUACCUCACAGAAUACCUUUCAAUGGAUACUACUAUUAAUGAGUUACUAUCCUCUGAUGCAAACAAAGUUACGACAAGAGAUUGAAUCAAAAAUUGGUGACCGAUUGGCCCGACAUGAAGAUAGACAACGAUGUCAUUAUGUGAUGGCAUUUAUUGCCGAAACUUUGCGAUUCAGAAAUGUCUUUCCAUCCGGUCUUAUGCAUAAAGCAGUGGUCGACAGUAAAAUUGGCAAUCAUAUGAUACCGAAAGAUACUUCUGUAUUGACAUUUCAGGCAAUUAUAUUAAGAAACAAUGACAACAAGUAUUGGACAAAUGGUCUCGAUUUCAUACCCGAGCGCUUCCUCGACAGUGACGGCCAUUAUAUGACUACUCAUUCGCCGGCAUUCAUACCCUUUGGUGUGGGACGUCGUGUAUGUUUAGGCGAGAAGUUGGCCAUCGCUGACCUGUUUCUAGUUUUGGUCCGAUUUCUACAAUCGACACAAAACUAUGACAUUGUUUUAGAUACUUAUAGCGAUUUGGAUCCCAAUCCAAAUGAUUUGAUUAGUUGCAGACCUAAUGAUUACACUAUUAUUUUGAAAUCUAAAAUCUAA